UACCACCUGCAAUCGUCUCAGUUGGUCAGUACCUCAGUCAAAAUGAAGACGAUAACUUUGCUCCUGGCGUUAAUCUGCGCGGCCUUGGCCGCUCCUGGUCAGCAUCCGGAAUCGCGCAUCGUCGGCGGAAUCAACGCCCUGCCGAACGAAUUUCCCUCAAUAGUAUCAGUCCGGCGGGUCAUCCUAACCCUCACGACCCACGUGUGCGGUGGGUCCAUUCUGAACAACUUCUGGAUCAUGACUGCGGCCCAAUGUAUUACGCAAUCCCCCGCCGGAGCCAACUUUGUCAUCUGGGCCGGAUCGCACAACCUCAACCUAAAUGAAGACACGCGCCAGGUCAUAAGCGUUCAGCGCAGCGUGGUCCAUCCGGACUACCUGGGCGGAGUCAACCCGAGCGAUAUCGCGGUAAUGCGGCUGCAGAACCCGCUGACCUUCACGCCGGCUAUUCAACCGGUCAACCUGCCGGAAGACAACGUUGAGCCACGUCUGGGAGCGGCAACCCUCGCCGGAUGGGGCAGCAUUUCCGGUGCGAAUAACGUCUCGCCAACCGUGCUGCAGAAGGCCGUCAUUCCCAUCCUCGACUUUGACACGUGCGAGGAGGCCAACGGAGGCCCCGGAGCGUCUCCGUUCGGGCCGACCAACAUCUGCACGGGACCGCUGACGGGAGGUAUCUCCGCCUGUUUCGGUGACGGCGGUGGUCCGCUGUACAUCAUUGAGAACGGCGUACAAACGCAGGUCGGAAUUUCGUCGUGGAUUUGGACGCCCUGCGGAUCGUUUGGAAGACCGUCGGUCUACGUUGGCAUCUCGCACUAUCUGGCCUGGGUUCGGGAGCAGUUGGCUAGUUGAGGCGAACAAGAAUGCUUAAAUAAAUAUUUCACUCCUUAAAAAAGGCGAAAUUAA